UGUAUGAGCGGGCAGGCAGAGUGGCUUUUAUACGCUUCACUCACAGUUCUCAGCACAAACGACACGUACAAACGAUGCACACAAAAAGAUAAAGAUUCCCCUCCGCGAAUGUAGCCCUUCACAGCCUGAACGCACACGCGCACACACGCACGUUACCAAAACCCAGCCACCGAGCAGGUGAAUAAUGCUUACGUGUUUGAGACAUGCGAAGUCGACAAGACGCGGUUUAAGUAAACAAUGGGCAUAUUUGUACACAACAAUGAUACGCAGCCGACGCCAGCAAAGGGAGACGCUUUCGUUCCAAGGGCUACGUUUUAAUGAUGUACUGUGGUGGUACCGCAGUUCAAAAUAACGAAUGGGAAAAAAAAACUAUACACAAAGGGCCGCAAGAAAGCACGUGUAAAGCGACGAUUUACGCACACACAACGAAAAACGCAAGCACUGCGCAAGAAACGCAUUACGAGCAGCAGCAGCAGCAUGACUCAAACACCACACAGCCAGAGCCCAUUACCACCGGGCAUUAGAAUGGAUCCCGUAAAUCAGCCAAAAACACAUUAGUUAAUGGCACUGUGUUGCGGUGUCCCUGCGUAUGCACGUCUCGAAGCAAAUGAAUAUCCUGAACUGUGGGACCUUUCGGUGAAAGGAUACUAAGCCAGGUGUGCUUGUUAAAAAAAGGCACGUCUCCGUUGCUUUCAAAGGUCACCGCGAUGGGGUCACGGAAGCAAUGUGCGCAGCACUUAGCACUGAUUGCAUUACAUUAUAUAUGCUUACACGUGCCCGCUUGCUUGUAGCCUGUAUGAAAUAUGCAUAUGCUCCGUGGCGCUGCGUGUGCCGUAACACCCGUUGUAGUGGCAAAGUGCAUAGGAACAAAUGAGUCGGGUUCAUCGGUGGCGAGCAAGUGGGCUCCACGUGUGUCUCGGCAGCAAACAACUCUGAGAGUUAAAGAGAGCGAGGCGGAAAAAAGCCAAAAGGGAAGAAACCCUUCUGGAGAGAAUGGAUGGAAAUUUAUAGACGUCGUGAGCAACCGAAACGUGAAGCUAAUCGAACGGGUAAUCAUCCCCGUAAGACAACAUCCAAAGUUUAAUUUUAUUGGCAAGCUGUUGGGCCCAAGAGGGAAUUCUCUAAAGAGGCUUAAGGAAGAAACUGGGACAAAACUGUCAAUCCUUGGUAAAGGCUCCAUGCGAGACAGAGACAAGGAGGAAGAUCUGCGAAAAAGCGGCGAAGCCAAGUAUGCGCAUUUGAAUGAGGAUCUGCACGUACUAAUUGAGGUGUUUGCACCACCGUCACAAGCCUACAGACGAAUGGGUCACGCUCUCGACGAAGUAAAAAAAUAUCUUGUUCCCGACUACAAUGACGAGAUCAGACAGCAACAGCUCCGUGAACUCAGCUUCCUCAAAGGAGAGGACGAUGCUGAGGUGGGGAUUGGGGUCCACGGGAGAGGCGGCCACGCCAGGGGCCAUGCCCCAGUGCCUCUGCCUCCCAUCCGUCCGCUCCCAUCGCUGCAGCAUGCCCUUGCCAGCGGCCGCGGGCUACAUUCAGCGGUUCCCCAGAGAAUGGCCGCCCCGCGGGGCCUCGCCCUGGCCCGGGCACUGGCACCCCCUCUCCCUGCCGGCAGGGGAGUCCCGGCACCUCAACGAAUGCGGCCAGUGGCCGCGUACCGAGCGGCGCCGCCGCCUCUGCCGCCACCUCCACCGCCGCCCCCGCUGGCUGAGGAGGCCUACGAGGAGGACUACGCUUAUGAAGAUGUGUACGAGAAUGGAUACGAAGAGGACUAUGGUGCCGGCAGUACCUCCCAGACGAACAGUGCUGAAGAAUACUGCGACUACAGCUAUACCCUUACUUUGGGAGAAUACGAUGACUUUGGUCAAAAUGGGUGGUCCAAUACUCAUGGCCUCCUCAAAGCAGCGCCAGUGUGGAGCAUGAAGGGCGCCAACAGGGAACACCCCUAUGGUAUCUAUUGACAUCUUGUUUGUUGUGCACCGAUAUUUUUCUGCUGUUCUAGUCUUAAUCGCGUGACCUUUUCAAAACGUAGUGUUAGACUUUGUGGCUGUAAUUCUGACGCACACAUUUCGCGUACUUUGCUACGAAUUGGUGUACAUUUUGCAUUUUGUGUGCGCCAAAUUUUGUUACAGCUAUCGCUUGUCUGUAGUGAAAUGUUUAAACCUAUAUGUCGAUGAUAUGUAGUUUGUCGGAUGAAUAAGUACGAUCAUGAGCAAUUUAACUACUUUUUAAAACGCAAGCUGUCUGUAAACCUUAUUUGUUUUAAGCUGUAUUCUAAUUAUGGCAAGCAUGAAGAUCUAAUAUUUUAAACAAUUACACUAAGUAAAUACCAGUUUUGUUUUCAUACUUAAAUAGAUGCAAUUUAAAAGCAAAGGCAAAUGUUAUUUAUAGUACAAUUGCUGUUAAAUAUAAAGUAAGUACCCUGCUAUCAAUAAUGAUUAAAUGUGAAUUAAAGUAAGAUCAUUUUUAUAGACAAUUUACAUUUGAAUCGUAAUCUAUAAUGCUGAUUUAAUAAUCUUUGCUUAAAUCGAUCGCAUAAAAUGUUACUGUAUGAAUAAAAGUAAUAUUAUUACAUAGUUCUGUGUGCUGUUUUAAAUAUAUCGGUUAAUACUUUAAUCUUAUAAGUGACAUAAACACUUUGCUUUGAAACAUUGCAAUAUAAUUACGUUCAGAGCAUCACACUGGUCUAUUGACUAACGGUUGUAUUCUUGUACUGUAUUUGAAAUUCACGGAAAAUUAUAUCGCGGCCUAACUGCCGUUGCACUCGACCGUCUAUUCAAAAUGUAAACUUCACCUGCAAGUAAUCCAACUUUAACGCUGUGCUAAAACGAAGUUACCUUUGUGUUGUCUCAACGCUAGUUAACCCCGCUCGUACAUAUCUAUAGGCAGGCGCGUUUGAUUAAUCCAUGCUGAUUCGAAUGAGAAUUUAGGGGAUUUCAAAGGAUCUCUAAAGCAAUAAGCACCCCAGCAAUAGAAGGAAGAGUCUUAAUGCCAGGGGUACUAAUUUAAAGGAGAACGAUAGUACUGUUGUACCCAGGUGCAAACUACUUGGUAGGUGAACAUUGCGAAUAAAGCACCGGCCAUCCAACUAUUCACGUUGGAUUUGGUUUAACUGUUAAUUUGUUUUUACCUUUUAGCUAUACAACUUUACUUCACAUCCUCUUGGUCUCUUAACAAUUUAUAAAAUCAAUUAUUUAUAUAAUAAACAAUAUUGGCAAUAAAAUCGAC